CGCGACGCCCUCCACGAACCGGGAGAUCGCAGCGCAGGAGGUCCGCAGCAGCUGCAGCUUGGGGGCGGUGCCUGCCCCACAGCCUCCCCUCGGCGAUCGCGCAGCCCCAUCUUUGUCGGACCUCCGCGCUUUGUUCUCGGCGCCAGUGUCUUGGCCGGCCAGGCCCGCCGCCUAGCAGCCCCCACGCCGCGCUGGCGUCGUCCUCGCCUCCCUCGCCUCCGCCCCCCGCGCGCGGCCGGGCCUUGCCCGCCAUGGUGUCCCGGCCAGAGCCCGAGGGCGAGGCCAUGGACGCCGAGCUGGCGGUAGCGCCGCCGGGCUGCUCGCACCUGGGCAGCUUCAAGGUGGACAACUGGAAGCAGAACCUGCGGGCCAUCUACCAGUGCUUCGUGUGGAGCGGUACGGCUGAGGCCCGCAAACGCAAGGCCAAGUCCUGUAUCUGCCAUGUCUGUGGUGUCCACCUCAACAGGCUGCAUUCCUGCCUCUACUGUGUCUUCUUCGGCUGUUUCACAAAGAAGCAUAUUCACGAGCAUGCGAAGUCAAAGCGGCACAACCUGGCCAUUGAUCUGAUGUACGGAGGCAUCUACUGUUUUCUGUGCCAGGACUACAUCUAUGACAAAGACAUGGAAAUGAUUGCCAAGGAGGAGCAGCGAAAGAUGCUUAUAGUGGUUGACAGUGAUAGUGACAUAGUGACACACUUGGAACUGUCCUUCAUCUGCUUAGGUGUUGGAGAGAAGUUUUCAACUUGGGAACCAACCAAACGGGAGCUUGAACUGCUGAAGCACAACCCGAAAAGGAGAAAGAUCACCUCGAACUGCACCAUAGGUCUGCGCGGGCUGAUCAACCUUGGGAACACGUGCUUCAUGAACUGCAUCGUGCAGGCCCUGACCCACACGCCACUUCUGCGGGACUUCUUCCUGUCUGACAGGCACCGCUGUGAGAUGCAGAGCCCCAGCUCCUGUCUGGUCUGUGAGAUGUCCUCACUGUUUCAGGAGUUUUACUCUGGACACCGGUCCCCUCACAUCCCGUAUAAGUUGCUGCACCUGGUGUGGACCCACGCGAGGCACCUGGCAGGCUAUGAGCAGCAGGACGCCCACGAGUUCCUCAUCGCGGCUCUGGACGUGCUCCACCGACACUGCAAAGGUGAUGACAAUGGGAAGAAGGCCAACAACCCCAACCACUGCAACUGCAUCAUAGACCAGAUCUUCACAGGCGGGCUGCAGUCAGACGUCACCUGCCAAGUCUGCCAUGGAGUCUCCACCACCAUCGACCCUUUCUGGGACAUCAGCUUGGAUCUCCCCGGCUCUUCCACCCCAUUCUGGCCCCUGAGCCCAGGGAGCGAGGGCAACGUGGUAAACGGGGAAAGCCACGUGUCAGGAACCACCACUCUCACAGACUGCCUGCGACGAUUCACCAGACCAGAGCACUUGGGCAGCAGCGCCAAGAUCAAGUGCAGCGGUUGCCAUAGCUACCAGGAGUCCACAAAGCAGCUCACUAUGAAGAAACUGCCCAUCGUAGCCUGUUUUCAUCUCAAACGAUUUGAACACUCAGCCAAGCUGCGGCGGAAGAUCACCACGUAUGUGUCCUUCCCCCUGGAGCUGGACAUGACCCCUUUCAUGGCCUCCAGCAAAGAGAGCAGGAUGAACGGACAGUACCAGCAGCCCACAGACAGUCUCAACAAUGACAACAAGUAUUCCCUGUUUGCUGUUGUUAACCAUCAAGGGACCUUGGAGAGUGGCCACUACACCAGCUUUAUCCGGCAGCACAAAGACCAGUGGUUCAAGUGUGACGAUGCCAUCAUCACCAAGGCCAGCAUUAAGGACGUCCUGGACAGCGAAGGGUACUUGCUGUUCUAUCACAAACAGUUCCUGGAAUAUGAGUAGCCUUAUCUGCAGCUGGUCAGAAAAACAAAGGCAACGCAUUGGCAAGCCUCACAAAGUGAUCCUCUCUGCCCCCCUGCCUCCCGCCGCCUCCCCGGCCUGGUGACACCACCUCCCAUGCAGAUGUGGCCCCUCUGCACCUGGGACCCAUUGGGUCGGGAUGGACCACACGGAUGGGGAGGCUUCCGGAGCUGCUUUGAAGGUGGAUGAGAUGAGGGGUGUGCUCUGGGUGGGAGGAGCAGCGUACACCCGUCACCAGAACAUCUCUUGUGUCCUCAUGAUAUGGGGGUGCAACGGGGGCCUCACAGCACAGAGUGACUGCCGCCUGGCAUUCCCCAGCACUCGGUGUGGAAAGGCCCCUACCUGCUGUAAGAUUAUGGGUCCAUUAAAGCAGUAAGCUGAAGACACAGAGGUGUAGUGUGCGGGACAGCGGGCCUUGCAGAUGCCUUUCUGUUGGUGUUUUAGUGUUAAAAUACGGGGAGUAUGGAACUCUUCACCUCCAAAAAGUGUUAAAAUACGGGGAGUAUGGAACUCUUCACCUCCAUUUUCUCAGCGGCUGUGAAGCAGCCUCCUAGCUUCGGAAGUAAGGACACUACGUCGCGUUUUCAAGCGUGUCUGUUCCGCAGGUAACUUAGCAUCAAGCUGCACGUGGAAGCAUUUUGCAGUUUUCUAGAAACAGGCAUUUUCUUAUCCCUCUCCCGCUCCUUUUUCCACAAAGGUGAAUUUCAUAAAUGUAAAGUAGUAAAGUGAAUGAAUUACUGAGUUUAUACUGAAAUUUAGGGAACUUCUCCUUUAGUCUUGCUUUUUAAUCGGUGCCAUUUAUGUUGCUGUCCGCCCUGUGGCCCUGUGUGCCUGGCUCCUCUGGGUGCCUUGGUGUCUGCCGGUGGCUGGCAGUGAGCGCAGCGGAGGAGAGUCGUGCUGCAGCUCAUACGGUGUCUCUGUCAUCUCAGUCUGGAGUAAAUGCAGCCUCUGCCAGUGUCCGAUGGGUUCCCUCCCUCGUAUUUCUGUCUGCCUUCUGUCCCAUUGCCUGGCUACCGCUGCCUGGCAGCCAAGGGUGUUGGUCGCGAAGCUGGAGUGGCCUCUGGUGGAGCCUGCAUCUUGUCUCGUCUGCCUCUGCUUUACGUUUGGUGUACUUUCGGGCGUGGUGGCAGUAAAAGGACAUCGUGAUUGAGCUUGUCAGCAGAGCUGAAAGAGAAAGUAGAAGGAUGUGCAUUGUUCCUUGUAAGAUAUCUUGCAUGUAUCUGUGUAUUCAAAUUCAAACAGAGGUGGUUUGUCCAUUUGUCCACUGAGAAAUUAUAAACUAGGGACAAGGGGGAGGAAAAGUACUGAAAUAUAGUUUAUGAAGCAACUGUGUCUCGGGCUGUGCUUGUCCCAGGAGACCCAGCUGCAUCUGAACUGAGGCUUCUUCAGUCCUGCAGGAACAGGAUCAUCCGUUUCAGCGGUGGGCAGAUGUUUUUAUAGACAGCCAGGGAGUAAACACUGUUGGCUCUGUGGGCUGUAUGGUCUCUGCCAUAAAUAGUACAGAGGUGUGGCUGUGUCCAGUACAACUUUUAGACACAGAAAUCUGAAUUACAUAUAUUGUUCCGUGUCAAGAAACUUAAGAUUUUUUUUUUUUUUAACUAUUUAAAAACCUGAAACCUAUUCUUAGCUCACAGGCCAUGGAGAAGCUGGUGGGGACCAGACCCAGCUCCUUAGCUGGCUGGGGAGGGGGCAGUGACAGUGGCAGCUGAGUAGCUACUCACUGCUCAGUGUAGAAAACAUGAGAACACAGGACUUGGCGAUCACAGCCCGUAGAACCAUCAUGUGUGGCAGAAGCCUGAGGGAUGUGGUCUCUUGCCCACGUGCUCAGUUCAUUUUCUGUUGUCUUUCUGCAUUUAAAGAAUUCACUUGGAAGCAUGUUUUACAAAAUGAAUUAUCAGAGAAACAGAGAUGGGCCGAGAUUUUCAGAAAUGGCCCCAUGUGACCAAGUUCUGCUGUGUGGGGUGACAGUGCUUUGAAGAUCUCUUUUGAGGAUGAGCAGUCUUUUUUUUUUUUUUUUUUUUUGAGAUGGUGUUUUGCUCUCACUGCCCAGGCUGGAGUGCUGUGGCACAGUCUUGGCUCACUGCAGCCUCCACCUCUUGGGUUCAAGCAGUUCUCCCAAGUAGCCUCCCAAGUAGCUGGCACUACAGGCAUGCGCCACCAUGCCGGGCUAAUUUUUAUAUUUUUAGUAGAGAUGGGGUUUCAGCGUGUUGGCCAGGAUGGUCUCAAACUCCUGACCUCAGGCGAUCCACCCACCUCAGCGUCCCAAAGUGCUGGGAUUAUAGGCGUGAGCCACUGCGCCUGGCCUAUGAGCGGUCUUUUAAUCAGGAACAAAUCUAGUGGAAAGGAGAGUUGCAAGUUGGCCCAGAGGAUUGUGAGCUGGGCAGUGCCUCCCUGAAGGCUUGCCACUUUGGGACGCCCUGGUUUCCUGGGGUGUCUUGCGGAGUGCAGAAGGCAGUGUGUGAGCCUUGGGCCUUUCUGGCAGCUGCACGGGUUUGGCCAGACCCUUCCUCCCCUCCCGCCGGCCAACCCCUAGUCCCCUUCCUGUCUCCACUUGCAUUCAGGGGUGGCUGCUGUUCUGAGAACAUUAGAACUGGGAAGAGAGAUGGAGUCACAUGCAUUCUUGGUGGGCAGCAUUCUAAACUUUUGUAUCCAAGUUAGUCCCCCUUAUUCCACUGUGGCAUUGCCGUUCUAAGCAGUUACCCAAUGCCUGCUGCUGAAGAGCUGCUCACAGGAGGCGGUGGCGGCCCUGGUACUGCCCCUUGCAUUAGGUCUUGUGUUUGAUGUGCUCUUGUGAAUUUACUUUGUCAGAACAAAAUAUUUACGUGUUGGGUUCAGGAAUCUCUCCUUUCAGCUCCCCAUCUGGCUAUGAAAUUCAGGAAACCUCCCGUUGCCUAGUAAUCACCCCAUGUAGGUGUAAAUUGUGACAAAGUGCAUCUGACCACUAAGGGGCCCCCUUGGUGACCCCAACACAUUCACAGCAGUGUUAAAAUGGCCUGCGUUUCGGAGAUGCUGGCUGGCCUUUCAGUGCCUCCCAGGAAGACACAUGGCCUUUCCCUCUUCAGAUGCCUGAAGGGAGUGCUUUGAGGCAGGGGAUGUGCUGGGAGUGAGGGCGGCCUCCCUCUGGCCCCGGGGCCCUCUGUGGACCUGGGCUCCCUCCGUGGACCUGGGCUUCCUGGUGAGCACUGCAACCUCCCUGGGCGUUCCCUCCAGCACCACCACCACUGCAACAUAUAGACCCGAGUGCUGUUGUAUUUUAGCUUGGUGUGUAUGCUUUUCAUUGUGUAAAAUUGCUCUUCUUUUGACAAUUUAAGUGAUUGUUUUGUUUACUGUGUUUGAAAAUAAAAAUUAAGAAAAAAAAAUUCCAAUGACUGUGCUGUGGUUGGAGACUUCAUUUACCAAGAUGUUUACUCUUUCCUUUCCCCUCCCACUUUGAGGAGCUGUGUCACUCCUCCCCCCCCCCCCCAUGCUUUGUAGUCUCCUAUGUCAUAAUAAAGCUACAUUUUCUCCGAAAA